AUGACCGACGUUGCAGUUAUUGGCAUCGGCCUCCGACUUCCCGGUGGAGUGACUACUUGUACCCAACUGUGGGACAUGCUGGCAAAUGGUGCGGAUGGCUGGUCACCUCCUCCAGCAGGCCGGCUUGAUGAAGAGGACCUGCAAGCAUGGAAGAAUACUGAGGUCGAAGGUGCAUAUUUCCUGACUGAAGACAUUGCUCGCUUCGACGCGGCCAUGUUCCGGAUCUCUCCUGAGGAAGCCCAGGCGAUGGAUCCGCAGCAGCGAUUGCUCCUGGAAGUUACAUACGAGGCGCUAGAGAAUGGGGGCGUAUCGCUGCAGUCCAUCGGUGGCACCAACACGGCCGUCUUCGUCGGGACCUUCGCCCACGAUUAUGCGAGUCUGUCAGCCAAGAACAGAUGCGCGAUCGGUGGCCACACUGCUCUGGGCGCCAGCCGGAGCAUCCUUGCCAACCGCCUCUCGUAUGUGCUGAACCUCAAAGGCCCCAGUAUGACUAUCGACACCGCUUGCUCGGCCAGCCUGGUCGCGUUGCAUCAGGCCCGACAGGCCAUCCUGAGUGGGGAGGCGGAGCAGGCCAUCGUCGGCGGCGUCAACCUGAUCUGCCAGUCUGACCUUCAUGUUGGCCUCCACCAGCUCAACGUCCUAUCACCCAGCGGACGGUCGUAUCCGUUUGACAGUCGCGCGGCCGGGUACGGUCGUGGCGAAGGGUGCGUCUCGGUGAUCCUCAAACGGGUGGACGCCGCGGUCCGCGACGGGGACCCCAUCCGCGCGGUGAUCCGGGCCUCGGGCGUCAACUCCGACGGCCAGACUGCAGGAAUCGCCUUCCCCAACGGGGAGGCACAGGAAUCCCUGGUACGCAGGGUCUACCAGAGCGCAGGCCUACGCUUGGAGGACACGGUCUUGGUCGAGGCGCACGGGACAGGGACGCCGACCGGUGACGCCGUCGAGGCAAGGGCUAUCGCCAAGGUCUUCUCUAACCCGCAACUCCAUGUGGGUUCCGUCAAGGGGAACAUCGGUCAUCUCGAAGGCGCGAGUGGCUUGGCUGGACUCGUCAAGGCCAUUGUCUGUCUGGAGCGAGCCAUGAUUCCUCCGCAGUGCGGCUUCUCUCAGUCUAACACGAACAUCCCCCUUGACAAGUGGGCAAUGCAGAUCCCGCGCGAGUUGAACCCAUGGCCUCACACAGGGCUCCGGAGAGCCUCCGUAAACAGUUUUGGGUUUGGCGGAACCAAUGCCCACGUUGUUCUCGAUCACGGGUUUAGUUCCAGUUUCACGGCUGGCACAGCAUGGCCACGAACCUCAUCUGAUCUGCAGAUUGUCGAGAAUGGUCACGCAACCGACGGACUCCGCAGAAUGUUCCUGAUUUCGGCCAACGACCAGACAUCCGGCUCGAUGAUGAUCCAGCAGCUGGUGGACUACCUGAAAUCUGUUCGCCAGUCGCAUCAAGACCAAUUUCUGCAAAACUUGGCAUACUCCCUCGCCCAGCGGUCGCGGUUGCGGUAUCGUGUUGCGGUCACGGCCUCGUCUAUUGAUGAAUUGGCUCUCAGCCUAUCGCGCGAGACCAGUCCGUUGACAAGGCUUGCUCGAGCCCCCGCUAUUGGAUUCGUAUUCACGGGCAUGGGUGCACAGUGGGAGCGGAUGGGCUAUGACCUUUUCCAGCGUUAUCCGGUGGUCCGCAAAUCUUUUCUUCAGGCUGACGAGUGUUUAAAAGCACUUGGCUGCACGUGGAAAGCGACAGACGAAACAUUCCGAUACGGAGAGGUCAGUAGGAUCGAUCACCCCGAUGUCUACCAGGUCAUCACAACAGCGUUGCAGCUGUGUCUGAUUGAUCUGCUGUCGUCUUGGAAUAUCCGUCCCACGUCGGUGGUGGGCCACUCCGGUGGUGAGAUAGCCGCGGCAUACGCUGCGGGUGCCUUAAGCUUCUCCGACGCAUUGAAGGUGGCCUUUCACCGAGGUCAGCUGAUUGCGAGCUUGGAAGGUAGUCACAAGCGGACCGCCGGAGGAAUGCUCGCGGUCGGAUGGUCGGCCGAGCAGGUUCAGCCUUACCUGUCCCAGCUGGAGAAUGGCGUUGUUGCUGUAGCCUGCUAUAACAGUCCGAGGAGUGUGACGCUGGCUGGUGACUUGGCCGGCAUUCGCGAGCUGGAGAAGAUUCUGCCCGAGCACGGAGCUCUCGUCAAGCGCCUCAACGUCGGCGUAGCGUAUCACUCGGCCCAUGUGCACCAGCUGGCCGAACCUUGUCGCCAGGCACUGUCGGACAUUCGGCCCCAUCACAGGGCUAGUGAUGUACACUUUUACUCUUCGGUGGCUGGGCGCCGCAUCGAGACCACCGAGCUGGGCCCCGAGUAUUGGGUACGGAACAUGACCCAACCCGUCCGAUUCUGCGACGCCGUCUUUGCUAUGUGUCAGCUGUCCGGAAUCUCGCGCAAAUUGGACCUGUUGGUGGAGGUUGGGCCUCAUGCCACCCUUCUGGGUCCGGUCAGCCAGAUUCUGAAAGACUUGGACAUGCAGAAGAGUGUGGGCUACGCUUCGUGCAUAAUGCGAAAAGCGGAUGGAUUGUCCAGUAUGCUUGAAUUGGCAGGCACCGUGGUCAUGAAAGGUGGUGCAGUUGACAUCGAAGCUGUGAACGUUCCAUCACAGGCAUGGCAGGCUCCUCCUCGAUUCAUCGUCGACCUCCCGCCUUAUCCGUGGAACCAUGCCCGGCGAUACUGGGUGGGGACUCCGGCAGUUGUCAGUGCGGAUAGAGCUUGCUGCCCAACGUCCACGGAAGACUCUUCCACCUUGGACGAGGGAGGGCAGAAGAACGAGACGUCUGACCAACUCGUCAAGCAAAUGAUCCACUCGCUAAACGCUGCCGCCAAGUUCUUUGCAGAAACAGCCCUAGAUGAGUUGACCGAUGACGAUAUUGGUCGCUUGAGCGACCAGCACCGCUCUCUCGUCGCCGCCCUCAAACUUUCCCGGGAUCAAGAUUUGACUCCUCCCGAUGUGCGAACCAAAGAGGAAAUUGUUCAUGCUGCCAAGGGUUGUGGUGCGGAAGGGGAGUUAUUAUGUAGGAUUGGAAACAACUUGGGCCAGAUUUUGCAACGCAAAGUACAGCCUUUGUCUCUGAUGCUUGACGGCGAUCUUCUUGCUGAAUACUACCGCUCGGCGAUUGGCAUGCAUCAGUGCCAAGAUCAGGUAUCGGAAGCAAUCCAGAGGACAGUGUCCGAGAACACCAGUUCAGGAAUGAGGGUUCUUGAGGUUGGCGCUGGAACUGGGGCGUCAGCACUGCGUAUUCUCCAAGAUCUAAGCAAGGAUGCAAGUGGCUUGCCCUUACAACAAUACGACUUUACCGAUAUCUCGCCUGGAUUCUUUGCGAAAGCUCGGCAAGUUCUCGCCCCGUGGGCGUCAAAGGUCAACUUCAAAGUACUUGAUAUCAGCAAAGAUGUGGCGGCCCAGGGCUUUGAACCUGGAUUAUACGACGUAAUUGUGGCGGCGGAUGUAAUUCACGCCACACCAAGUAUCCGAACGACAAUGCGAAGUUUGAGACAGCUGCUGAAGCCUGGGGGUAAGCUCGUCCUUUUAGAACUCACCAAUCCGCCGUUGAGAUGGUCGAUUAUUUUUGGGACACUGCCAGGGUGGUGGGCAGGUGUCAACGAAGGCAGACGUCUGGGACCCACCAUCAGCGAAGCUGAAUGGGAUCAGGUCCUCGGCUCAACUGGCUUUUCUGGACUGGACUCUUGUGCCAGGGACUUCGAAGACCCCAGUCUAUACCUCCAUAGCGUGAUGACAUCCACUGCCGUCAACCGGACUCACCCUUAUGUGGUCAUUCACAAUGGCCGCCAUCCGCCCGCCGUUGUACAGGCACUCAAAGAGUGGUGUGAAGAUCAUGACUUGAGGGAUGUCCCUGUCUAUCCAAUGGACUAUGCCGGCAAGUCCGAUGUCUUACUGCAGCAAGAUACCGUGUGUGUCCUGUUGAGCGGCUUUUGGAAAGAGGACUCAUUUGACGGGACUUUUGUGGAGCAGUUGGUGGCUCUCAUGGGCAAACUAAGAAGCAUUAUCUGGGUCACGGAAGGUGCGGUUUCUGCACAGAGCACACCGAACGCCUGUGUCGUCGACGCCAUCACCACUUACCUCCGUGUUAAAGUACCUGGUAGAACCAUCAUUACCCACGAGCUUGUCGGUACCUUCCAGGACCCGGGCAAGGACUCCUCCAGGAUGCUUCGUGAAUCCUUACAGUUGUUGUCCGGUCAAUCGGAUUUGCUGGAUCUCCUGCCUUCCUCGUUACCCGAUCCGACGCAUGAAGACGAGGAUUACCGAGUCAACGCAGCAGACAAGCACCAGAUCCUCAGCAAUCAACCAGUUAAGGUGCGCGUAAGCCACUGCCAAAUCUUACAACCUUGUUCUAUCCCGAAGAAGCCUGCGGCAUUUGACUCUGCCAUGGCCGGCUUCGAUGCGGUUCUAGAAGAAUUGCUCCAUGACAUCCGGGAACAUGUCGCAUCCUUGAAUACACCAAGCAGUGUCAUAAAGAGGCUUGAAAAGUGUGUCCGCGAGUCGACACAGGGAGGCAAGCGGUCGCGCGGCCUGAUGCCUCUACGAACUGGCCAGCGACUUCUGGCGCAAGGACUCACGGCUCAGCAGGCGCGCGAUCUCUCGAUGAUUGGGUGGAUUCUUGAGAUCGUGCACGCGGCCUACCUGAUCGACGACGACAUGAUGGACGGGUCGAUCUUCCGGCGCAACAAGCUCUGCCGGUACCUGCAGGCCAACGUCGGCCUAAGUGCCAUCGGCGAUGCACUCCUUCUGCGCUCCUGCGCUCGCUACCUGCUUCGCAAAUACUUUGCGACGCAUCCGUGCUACAUGCAGCUCCUCGAGGUCUUCGACGAGGCCCUCCUCCAGGAAGAUCUCGGCGGGGUGGCGGACACCCACGUUGCCAAGUCGUCCUUCCAGGGCUUCCAGAACCAUACCCGCCAGACGUACGCUUUCUUGGGCGUAUCAAAGACCGCCUACAAUACCGUCUAUCUGCCGCUGGGGCUGGCAGUGCACUACCUGCGUCUCGCUACCCCCGCGAACCUCUCGGUCCUCAAGGACAUAUCGUUGCAGCUGGGCGUGUACUUUCAGGUUCAAGACGACUACCUGGACGUCUUCGGGGAUCCGCGGACCACGGGCAAAGUGGGCACGGACAUUGUCGAGCGCAAAUGUACUUGGUUACUGGUUGAGGCGCUGGAGAGGACCACUCCUGCGCAGAUGCAGCAGUUGGAGGUGGCUUUCGCCGACGGCAAUACCGACGCGGCCAGAGAGACUUUCGAGGUGUUGGGGCUGAAAGAAAGGUACUCGGAAUAUGCGCAGAUGACUCAUAUGAUGAUCUCGGAGCUAAUCAGCAAUGUGGAUGAGAGUGAGGGUCUUGUAAAGGAGAUCUUCGAAGCCGUCUUGUUGGACAUCCACGGUCGGAAUAGAUAGGAAGCGGGAUCACCGGAUGCGAAUCCAUCCUGGUUCGAC